AUGUCUGAGCAGCAAUAUCAAGCCAUUGAAGUGAAAGCUGACGAGGCCAGCAAAAAGAGACCCAGACAAGGCACCAAGGCUGCAUUUGGAAAACAACUGGGCAUAUUCCAGGACGUCUGGUGCAUUCUGUUCCCGAACUCCGGCUCUGGCCCAAAGUCCCCAUAUUGCGAAGACUUCUUUGUUGAGGAGAUUGGAAUGCUUGCCGACGCAAUCUUCCAAACCAAGGCUCAACAAGCUUUCGAACGCGGCGACGUCUCUGACCCGGCCGAAUAUCGUCCGAACAGGACUGAGUUCAGCGAGAUGAUGCAACAAGUACAUGCCAUCAUUGCCGACUACGAGCCGGAGACUCCAGCAUUGCCUGGCGGAUCUGCUGGCGAUGAGCCCCAUGCUUCCCGCGCAGUCUCUAAUGUGCAAGAACGAAAAUCACCACACUCGUCAGAGCGUCCAGCUACUUCGUCUCUCUGUGAAGGUGGAGAUUCGCCGCAUCCGAGCUCGUUACAUCCAUCCUCGGAUAAGACGUCGCUUCAGUCAGGCUCAGCUGCCGCCGAUUUCGCUGUGGGACAGAAGAUCGAGUACCAGGGACCUCAACAGGGCAUUCAGUCUCCGAAGAAACUCGAAACAAUGUGUUAUGGUUGCCGCAGACUCGGCUUCCCGGAACCCUCCCCCCCGCCUGACCCAGUGCACGACCGGGAGGACGAGGAGCCGCUGCCGCAGCCACAAGACUUUGACAGGCCGGCGCCUCGGAAGAAGCUCCAACCGAACCCCAAGACCAUCGUUCACUCGGCGCCUAGCCAUGACGGCAUCCCGGCUGUCGUGGCAUACUCAGUCCCCGCAGACACUCCAGAGGAUGCCGACCUGACGCCCUUGCGCCCGGCGUACGCCUACGUCUUUUAUGACACUUCUCCUGGCGCGCUUGAUCCGGGACGCACCGAGGACCUGGCCCGCGCCAUAUUCGACGGCACCAAAGAUAGCCGCAGCUCUGUCGGGCUGCCGGACAGAGUUGAGGUCUUUGCGAUGCCCCUACCAUCUCUACCCGAGACUGGGAGCCCGUAUUCUGCCGAGGACGUGGGGCUUGACCUCGUCCUUUCACAAGAGAGCCCCUGGUAUGCCCGUCUCGCCGCACGCGCGUCGCGGGACCCUCAGGACGCACACUGUCUCCAGCACGCCACAGCUUGCAUACUGCAUCACGAGCGGGAAGUCCAGAAUCGUCUGUCCAUCGCGGACAGGGCGGAGGCGGUUUCGUGGUACCUCCCAGAAGAUUUAAGCGACGCCGACUUCACCCGUCACAUUGUGGUUGUCGAUAGGCUUGAGGAUAAACCCAAGAACCCGCCCGGGCCUACGCGUUGGCAGGAGACGCUCGCCUGGACACAUUCCCUUCCAAGCGAGCAAAGAAACCCGGAUAAAAAUAGGGCGGAGAGAGCCGAUAGCAGCCCGUACGGAAGAGGGUUGCUGGUCGACUGGCGGCCUCGCGACCAGAACGAGGGCGACGAGGACGACGAGGACGAUGAAGCACAGCCACUCAACUGGGACAAGAUCGCGUUUGAAAUGCUGGGGAAGGCGGUGUUGAUUUCCUCCCGAUACGGAGUUAGAACCCUCUAUGAGCAUUUCCUUCCUGACGGCGUAUUCGAUCUUGAAAGAGAGAAGGCUCGUGAACGAGGAGCAGAUGAUGGAGUAGACUUGCCGAUGUAUACUAGAUAG